UGAAGUCGAAAUCUAGAUUUAACAAAAAAAUAAAUUUGCGUCGUGUAUAUCGUAUUGUAAAUUAAGAUAAAUUCAUUAAUAAUUUUUUAAUUACAAUUAAAAUAAAGCAGGGGUGGUGGUUUUUUUGAUCGAAGUUGGUUUUUCAACUGUACAAAUUGAGAUGGAGCAUAAUAAAAAGCAGGAGGUUUCAAGUGAAUAUUGUGACCGGUUCCCUCGUUUAUCUGCAAAGUAUCCAUGGUUUGUUGUUCAGAACAUGGAAGAUGACAUGGAUGUCCACAUUUUCUCCACAUUACAAAACCCGUUGUUUAAAUAUCAGUGUCGAAUCCCUGACCUGAUCGGGAGGCGCAUCAGGGGAUGUUUUCAUGGCUGGUUGAUUCUUUGCAACCAUCCACACAACAAUAUGUGGUCUUUAUAUAACCCAUCCACUUCUAACGUCAUAUCCUUGCCUCUCCUAAUUCUGAAAGACGGAGAUUAUCAAUCUAUCAGUGAAUGCUGUUUGUCCGCCCCUCCUAAUGAUCCCAAUUCAGUUUUCUUGUUAACAAUAUCAAAUAAGCCUACCUUUGUUUUCUGUCUGCUAUCACCUAAAAGAAAGAAAAGCCAACGAAAGAAGCCAAGGUGGACUGAGAUGUCAUACUCUAAUCAACUUAAGAAAUUCACCUUGGAUGGUGAAUUAGUACAUAGCCUUACGUGUUGCAAUGGUAAAGUAUAUGCCUUAAAUACCGACUGUGCUAUUUCUGAGCUUUUCGUACAGGUUGAUAUUGUAGUUAAGGAUAGCGAAGUUGUGAUAAAGCUACUGUUCUUUGGACCAUGCCCUUUUGUUCCUUCCCAUCGAUGUAAACACUGGAUUCAUUUCCUGAAAGGAUCCUGUUCGGAAUUAUUUUACAUUAGAGUAGGUUUUCUUGACGAAAAUAAGAAAACACCCGGUGAUGUGUAUUUGUUUAGAUUGGACCUGACUAGAAUAAACUGGGAAGACUUGGAAGGCCUCAAGAAUUGGGACAUGACUGGUAUGACGCAUGAUGAUUUGAAUGAUUUGGAAUAUGACGACUUCAAUGACCUGGACACUGCUAGAGAAAUGUGGGAUGAAGUGCGAGACCUUAAAGGCUCCAAUUUUUUUGUGGAUCUUGGUCGUGAUAACUCGAUAUUUUACACCCCUACAACUGGCUCAGAAUUUGGGGGUUUUGUACACAUUCGUGACAAAAUGGACAAUGUAAUAUAUUCAUAUAACGUCAACUAUCAAACCAUCAUUCUAUGUCCUAUACCUUCUCCAUCGCUCCCAACAAGCCAUGUGUUGUUAUGGGAAUGCAGUUUACCGGAGGACAAAGAAGAAAACAUAUCCAUGGUUGAUAAUAAAAAAGAUGAGGAUGCAAUAGUGGUAAGAUCUGUUAAUAAUGGCCCCAUUGGAACUGAUGAAUCUGGUCUUCUUAGUAUCCCGUUUGAUGUUUUGGCGAUGCUCAUGGAGUUUUGUGUUGGUGUGGAAUACAUGAACUUCCGUGCUACAUGCAAACGUUGUCAUCUCGCAGCGCCUCUGAAGCAAUGGAGAAACAAAACGGCAUUAAGGAGCCUGCAAAGUUAUUCUUUAGUUUCCCCGUGGCUUAUGGCUUUGCAAAAACAUCGAGGGGUUAUCGCUUUUAAAGAUCCGUUGUUGGGUGAUGACUACUAUAUGAAGAAUUCACAGAUAUCGGUUUUUAAUGAGACAAUAUAUUGUUCCCGGUUUGGUUGGUGGUUGUUUGAAAUUAGAGACUUAUGCAUAGUGUUCUUUAACCCUUUCACAAAUGAUCUUCGUGAGCUUCCAAAUCCGGGUUUCCAUCUUGAAAGCUUAUGCUUUUCAGCCCCGCCUACUUCCCCUGAUUGUAUUGUGGUUGGAUUUGAUCAUAUACCUGAAUGGGACGUUUACAUCCUAUUCUUAGCUCAGGAACCAACCUCCUGGCGUAGGUUUCAUUUAGGCCCUGAUCCACUUUCUCUUUGUUUUCCAACAUUAUCUGGCCGUGAUCUUUAUGCCUUGUCUAACAACAGAGAACUCGUUGUUUUCAAAGAUUUAGGCGAAGAAGAUGUUUCUUGGAAGAUUUUUGAAGCCAAGGUGCCGACAAGUUCUUGCAGAUCUCAGUGGCAGAUUGGGAAUGCUAAUAGCAAGAUUAAUCCAAAGGUAUCUUACAACAUUAAUGGCUGAAGUUGCAAGGGAGGAGCAGUUGUUCCAAAGUCAGUAUAUUGAAGAAGCAAAGUGGAAAUGAAGAAUGGGCCCUUGCAAAGAAGAAAAGACUAAAGAGUUGAAGAAAAAGAAUGCUCUGCUAACAUGAAGUUUGAAGCAGUAUAGCAAGGAUUUUGUUGUGUUUUAUAUGUAUUGAUGGCUUGUUUGUGUUAUGUGAUUGUGUUAGUUAUUUGAUAUCUAUUGGUGUUUGAUUCAAAAUGCAGGACAUGGAGUUGAUUCAGCUGAAGCCCAAGGUUAAGUUAGUGGUGGAUUUUGUAUUAAUCCGGAGGCUAAGAUGAUGUUUAUCAUUCAUAUCCAUGGGUAUGUGUUUUUGACACUGGCGAUUUUAGGUUACUUUCUAGCAUCAAUGCAAUGGACCUGAAGCUGAACAAGAUUUUGCAGGAGUGCUCAAAGAUUCAAUGGGCAGAAUUGGUUGGGAAUCUCCAUGUAUAACCCAGUCAUACUUUUGUUUUUUGGAUAGUAAUGAGAUGAAUAAUGCAAGAUGAAUUGGAAAAUGGUAACUGAACAGAGGCGUAAACUGCUCACUUGCUCAGUAUGCAUUAUGACAAAAGACUCGCACGACCAUAUAUGUUUUGAAGGUUGGGGGAAAAUCGAAAUUAUGUACUUUUUUGCGUCAUUCAGCUGGUAGAAAGCGGAGAGGGAAACAAAUGGAAAGGAAAGUUUGUUCAGAAAAAGGAAAUGACACUAACUGGAUUGAAACUAAAUCUCCAUGAAAAUCAGAUAUUCUCUUUUCAAUGGAAAUUAGAACUUGCCGAAUUGGAAGUCGGAACUGAAUUGAGGUCUCAGUUAAGAAGUCUUGAUAUGGCUCUGAGCUGAUGCAACUCAAAAAGGAAGGAAAAUUUCAAUGUUGGGACUUGGGAUGUCUCUAACAUCCUUCGGUUCAUAAAUUUUUCUUGUGCAAUAACAAUUUUUGCAAUCUCCUGAAUCCUGAUCAUGACUGUCCAUUUCACUGGAAUGAUUGUUAUAUAUUAAUUAUCCUUUUCUUUCUUUUUCA